AUGUUCACCUCGCGUUUCCUCACCCUCGCCCUUGUUUCCCUGACAGCUAUUGCGGGCGUGCUCGCCGGCAGCCAGCCGAAGAGCUCGCACGCUGAGCCUGUGAAGGUGGAGAGCAGCAUGCCUCUCAUGUCCUUCGCCGCUGGUCUCACCCAGGAGACCUACUGCCCCGGCUCGCAGAUCAAGCCGGGUCUGAAGAUUGGUGAUGCCAAGCUCCUGUGGUCUACUGGUGAUGGCUACUUCAUCCAGCGCGCUCUCAUUUACCACUCUGACAAGCUUGGUAUCGCAGUGGCUUACCAGGGCACCAACCUUGAUUCGCUCUUCUCCUCUAUCCACAACGUGGAGUUCGUCGGUGUGCCGCCGGACUGGCGCUACGCCAAGGGUCUCCCGGCUGGCACCAAGCUCUUCUACGGUUUCCAGGAUGCCUACCUUCAGAUCGUUGACAAGGUUUACCCUGCCGUCCAGAAGUACAUGCACCAGUACAAUGAGUCUCGUGUAACUGUGAUUGGCCACUCGCUUGGCGCUGCCAUGGCCCUUGUUUCUGCUGCCGACUUCAACUACCGCAUUGGUACCGGUGUCCACGACAUUUACCUCUACGGCCUUCCCCGCGUUGGUAACCCCAUUUUUGCGGACUGGGUCGACAAGACCUUCGGCAAGAAGCUUCACUGGGCUGUGUCGGGCAAGGACUGGGUGCCUCAUGUUCCCCCGCGUGAGUUCGGCUACCAGCACCCGUCGAACUACAUCUGGAUCAACCCGGCGAACUCGACCAACUGGAAGCGUUACCCCGGCCAGGAGAACGUUCACGGCUUCAACUCGAUUAACCCGGAGUGGCUGAGCUUUGAUGAUCACCAGGGUGUCUACUUCCACACGCAGAUUGGUGCUAUGAAGGAGGGUCACUGCCCUGCUACCUUCGGCAAGGACUAA